AUGUCCAGUUUUGAGUUACUUAGUGAGCAGGGAUUGCGACUAGAUGGUAGACGGCCGCAUGAGCUUCGUUGCAUUAAAUGUAAGUUGGGUGUAUUUGAGCAACCCGAUGGCAGUGCAUACUUGGAGCAGGGCAAUACAAAGGUGCUUGCAGCUGUGUACGGUCCGCAUCAGGCACAAAUGAAAAAACUUGAUCUUAAUGAAGUGGUAAUUAAUUGUCAAUAUAGUAUGGCGACAUUUUCGACCGCAGAACGUAAAAACAGACCACGUGGCGACCGAAAAUCACAAGAAAUCACACUAUAUCUACGACAAGCACUUUGUGCUGCCAUCAAGACCGAACUGUAUCCACGCUCACAAAUCGAUGUAUAUGUGGAAGUUUUACAAGCAGAUGGUGCAAAUUAUGCAGUUGCACUUAAUGCCGCUACAUUAGCCUUGGUGGAUGCAGGUAUAUGCCUUAAAGAAUAUGUUGUGGCUUGUACCGCUUCGUUAAGUAAAAAUAAUAUACCACUUACGGAUGUUUCGCAUGUCGAGGAAGUUUCGGGAGGACCAACAUUAACGGUCGCAUCUUUGCCAACAUCAAAUAAAAUUGCAUUUAUGGAAAUGUCGCAACGUUUCCACCUUGACAAUUUGCCAUCAGUUAUGGAGCAGGCGUUGAAUGGUUGUCGAGAAAUACAAGCUAUAAUGGAAAAAGAAGUGCGAAAGCAUCUGAUGCAAAUGGGUUCAGCUGGAGACUGGAGUAAUAUUGCAAAAUAAUUUUGUAUGAAUAAAAAUUAAUUUCUAAGUGGAUAAAAAAAAUAAUAAAAUUUAAGAUUAUCAAAUUUA